GAAAUUGAAAUUAAAAUUGUUGGCUAAAAUGCGGCUACUGCUGCUGACUGAGUGCGUUUAUAAAUUGUGCUGGGCCCUGGGCGAACGUAACAAAGUUGGCUAUUGAAAAAGCGAGAAACGAAAUCACAUUUGAGAGUUUAGUCUAAACACAGCAACAUUGCGUGCGGUGCUACGAAACAAUCAGAUACCCGAAAAUAUAAAACAAGGCUAGAAAAACUAUCAAAAACUCGUCUUCCAAUAACUUUAAUAUAGUGCGAUCCUAGUCGAGACUGUGUUAACAAUAAUCGAAAUGCUAAAGCUGUUCAAGAAAACCAAAGACAAAAUUCCCAAAUCGGAGAUCAUCAACGAGCCGAAGGAGCCCCAAAAGCCGGCCGUCUCCAAAUGUGGCAAGCCACUGCUGCUGGACAAUUCACGCUGGGAGCGUCGUUUGCAUAAAGAACUGAUGUCCCUGAUCAAGGAGCCGCCGCCGGGCGUUACUGUUGACACCGAAAGCGUACAGCAAAAUUUAUCAGAAUGGAAAAUAAACAUCAAGGGUUUCGAAGGCACGCUUUAUGAGGGCGAAGACUUUCAGCUGCUGUUUAAAUUCAACAAUAAAUAUCCCUUUGAUUCGCCAGAGGUAACAUUCAUUGGGAGCAAUAUACCUGUGCAUCCGCAUGUCUAUAGCAAUGGUCACAUCUGCUUAUCCAUAUUGACCGAGGACUGGUCGCCGGCGCUGUCGGUGCAGUCGGUGUGCCUUAGCAUAGCCUCCAUGUUGAGCAGCUGCCGCGAGAAGAAGCGACCGCCAGACAAUACGCUCUACGUGAAGACAUGCAACAAAAAUCCCAAAAAGACUAAAUGGUGGUACCACGAUGAUUCUGUUUAGUUAGCGUUGCGAUUUAUGACUACUGCCUGCUGCUUGCAUUGCGCAUACACAAAAACUAAACUCAACAGCACAUCACAAACAUAAACAAAGCAAAGUAAAAAAGGAGAAAAACAGUGAAAGAAUCCAAUUUGUUGCCUGCCUGCCUUCCUGCCUGCCUGCAAGGACAUUGCCAACAACAGCGAAUCAACUCUUCAUCUAACAACAAUAACAGGAACAACAAUAUUCAAGUAGUUAACAACAAAUCAAUAAUAGUUUAUCAAAAAGCAACAACAAUUUGGAACUGCAUUUCAAGGCCUAGGCACGUUAGGUGUAAAUUAGCUGUGACAUAUUACCACAUUGUUAUUUCUAAAACAAUCGUACAUACAUACAUACACAUACGUACAUCCGAUACCAAGCAGUGCACUUUGAGAGCAAAAAAAUGCAAGUGAACCCAAUAACAUGUCACUGGGCAACAAUGAAUUAGUUAAAUAAUAUAUAAUACAAAAAAAAACACCUUACAGCAAACAAUCAACAAACAAACCGACGCAAGCGAGAAAUAUAUAU